GUGCUAUCAAUACUGACAUUAGACUAGAGUGACGUUUGACUUUGACGUAUUGUGUUUCUUUCAAAAAUUCGUGAUCAUGGCGCGUGUACCACCGCCGGCCAAUCCUGCCUUCAAGAAGGAUAAAAAGGAGAAGAAGGUUCCCAAAGAUAACUCCAAAAAUGUUAUGCGGAACCUGCACAUUAGGAAAUUGUGUUUGAACAUUUGUGUUGGUGAAUCUGGAGACAGAUUAACACGUGCUGCUAAGGUGUUGGAACAGCUGACUGGUCAACAGCCCGUAUUCUCGAAGGCCCGCUACACUGUUAGGUCUUUUGGUAUCCGUCGUAAUGAAAAGAUUGCAGUUCAUUGCACUGUACGGGGAGCCAAGGCUGAGGAAAUCCUUGAAAGGGGCUUAAAAGUAAGAGAAUAUGAAUUGAGACGUGACAACUUCUCAGCAACUGGUAACUUUGGUUUUGGUAUCCAGGAACACAUUGAUCUGGGUAUCAAAUAUGACCCCUCCAUUGGUAUUUACGGUUUGGACUUCUACGUCGUCCUUGGAAGGCCAGGAUUCAACGUAGCACAUAGAAGACGCAAGACUGGCAAGGUCGGAUUUCCUCACCGUUUGACAAAGGAGGACGCCAUGAAGUGGUUCCAACAAAAAUACGAUGGUAUCAUCCUUAACAGCAAAAAGUAAAUUAAGAAAAAAAUAAAUGUUUUAUAAACACU